AUGAUGAUAUUCUAUCUAGAGCUCGGCGUAGCUCGCCUCCUCAAGGUCGUUUCCGGGAUAUCAAUAUUGCUGGUGCUCAACAAUACCGACAGACUGCGAUAUCCAAUCAACAAGCUAAAAAGAUCAAAGACUGAACGUCCGAAUAUUGGGUCCCCUCAACACAGUUCCCGACAGAAAGUGACCUCAAAAGUCAAUGUCAAAAUUGAGAGAAAAGAUGACCAGAAACCAGACUUGGCGCCUCCUGAAAAGAAGGAUUUCAAAUUCGCAAUCCUGUUCUAUAGUCAAGACGAGGCCGAUCAGUGGAAUCCUCCUCACCUGUUCCGAACUCUUCGAUAUCUGGCUCCCGGAUCAUACUAUACUACAAGAACUCUGCAAGAAGCAUGGACUCCCUUCUUUCGCGACAACAGUCGGAAAGACUGGACCCCGGACAAUGAGCAACCGUCCGUUUUCCACUCGAGAUCGUACUUGUAUGGAAUCCUUCGUGAGGUAUUUGGACCCGGUUAUUAA